CCCAGUGUUGCGCAAUACCAAACAACGAUGUCAUUCUCCGAGUGCGAAGACCAGAAGGAGCGCGUGAAGGCCUGCUACGGCGACUGGUUCCAGAAUCUGUGGGGUGGAUCUUGGGACCGCUCCGAGUGCGAGCAGGAGACGCAUGAGUACCGCCAGUGUGUGCAGGAUGCGAUCAAGCGCCGCAAGGAGCAGGGAAAGCGCAAAAUCGACCGCAACGUCGACAACGACUGGAUGGACCAAGUCAAGGACAAGUCAAACGAGAUGGCAAACGACGCCAAGUCCCGAGCGCGCAAUGCAAGAAACCGUGCAUAUGAGGAGAAGGACCAAGCCAAGAGCAAGGCGAAGAGCGCAGUGUCGAAUGCGUCGGGUAAGGUGCAGGAGACUGCCGACUCGUGGACCGAUACCAUCAAGGGGUACGCCAAAAAGGCGAAUGACACAGUUCUUGGCAGCGACGACGAUUAAGACGUGAAGCUUGCGUAUCGACGAUAUCAAAGCUAGCCGCGAUUGCAAGCAGCUACCGAGCUGCUGCCUAGCUGUCGAUACGGAAGGUUGGCUAUUGCUGCUGUUGCCUUGCUACAAGUUGCUGAUCUUCAGUUCUCCUCUCUUCUUGAAUACAAUACUUCUUUCCAACGUCUCGCCAGUUAAUAGGUGCACGAUUGCAUAUGAUAAAAAAUAAUGACUUUUUAGUUUCGCUAAA